AUGGAUUGGACACAAACAAAAUCGUGGCAACUGUCACCGAUAACGGUUCAAAUUUUGUUAAGUCAUUUAAAGAAUAGUAUAAGUGUGCAAGAUGAUUUUAUUGAAAAUGAAGAAAAUACAAGCAGCGGUGAAGAUAAAUUUUAUGUCGAAGAUAUUGAAGAAAUUACAUUUACAAUCAUUGGGGAUGAAGGUGAGGUUAUCGAUAAACAACAUAGAUUACCUAACCAUUUACGUUGUGCGAGUCAUACUAUUAAUUUAAUUUGCACUACUGAUUGUUAUAAAGUGAUUAAUAGCAACGCCGUUUUAAAAUUAAGACACUCUCAAGCAAUGACCAAAUGCAAUACAUUAUGGAAAAAAGCAGCCUUUCCGAAAUUUGCUGAGGGAAUUUUGGAAAUUUUAGGGUAUACACUUUCUUACCCGGGAGCCACACGUUGGAAUUCUUAUUAUGAUUCCAUUAGUAAAAUUUUAAAAGACAAAAACAAAAUGAAUGAUUUAUUUCAAAGAUUAAAUUUAAAAAACUGUUUUUAUGCAAACGAACUUUUAUACUUGGAAGAAUAUUAUCAAGUAAUGGGACCGUUGGCUGCUACGCUAGAUGUAUUACAAGGCGAAGCAAAUAAUUUUUAUGGUCUUCUGCUCCCAUGUUUAGCCUCAUUAAAAAAUAAUCUUGACAAAUUAUCGAAAACAAAUUUUAAAUUUGCUUCACCUUUACUUAAAGCGUGCCUCGACGGCUUACAAACUAGAUUUAAGCUUUUCUUUACAUUAGAUUCACAGGUACAAGGCGCUGUUAUAGCUUCUGUUGAACAUCCGCAAUUUAAGUUACGCUGGUAUAACAUUAUUAGUAAAGCAUAUCCACUGUCUCCAAACUUAACAUCGAUAGAAAAAAUGGUAUUAAAUGAAGCAAGUAAUUUUAUCGAGGUUAUAGAUUUAGAUGAAACAUCUGAUGCAAAUGUUGCUUGUGACACGUUAUGCACAUUUUUUAAUUUCGGUGAAUGUGAAACUUCUAAGAGCAUUCCGGGAAUAAGUUUCUCUCAGAAAGAAAAUAGUUUUUCUAUGACAGCAAAUUUAAAAAAAAAACAAAGCGGAAUUGGAAUAUUUUAG